GUAACUUUUAAAUUGUUGUAUUUCUAGUUUUCCUGACUUUGAAUAGCAGUUUGGCGCAGCUAGUUCCAUAACAGACAUAGUGUUCUAGUGAAAAAAUGCUCGGAAUUUAUAUUAUGAAGCAGCUUUGUCAGUGAAAAGUUACGUACAAUGGUGCCUCAGCAACAGAGGCGAAGACGUCGCAGGGCAGCUCUAUCUAGGGCUGCUGAGCGGCGGGUAGUGGUCGUAAGAGGGGCCGGUGGGUUUGGCUUCACCAUAGCUGGGCAGAGGCCCUGCGUGGUGUCUGCGGUAGCGGCGAACGGGCCGGCGGAACGAGCUGGAUUACGGGCAGGAGAUGCAUUGCUCGCUGUUGACGGUGCGAGUGUAGCGAGGGCUCCGCAUGCGUCAGUCGCUCGGCUAGUCGCAGCAGCCCCGGGGCCGAUAGCGUUGAGCGUGACGCCGCGAGAGUCUCCGCCCACCGACACGGAAGACACGGAGCCUGAGGAAAGGGCUAGGACGAGGAGGAGGUACCCCCCGCCUCGUCGGAGGCCCCAGCCGGCUAUGCUGCAUCAUCCAGGGUGUCACGCUGCGCCAAGCACUUCAGGCGUCAAUGAAAUCCUACAGAACUUGACUCGCGCUCAGCUCACGCCAAACCAUUUAGCACGUCUAGAAUGCCGUGCCGUCGUAGGAUACCUAGGCACCAUAGAAACUCCCCAAGCAUCUCCCAACGCUGCUCCAGGUAAUGUGAGGAAUGCUGUGAGAAAAUUGAGGCAAGAAAGAAGGACAGCUGCACCAGUUCUGCUAUCAGUUCUUCCCAAUGCACUGCUUUUACGUCGUCCGAACGCCCAAAUACUCGCCCAAUAUCAAAGAGAGAGGAUACUGUACGCCGGGUGCGGUUCAGAUGCCGACAGACGGUUUUUCGGAUUGGUUACAGCCGCUGAAAUUACCGAUGUAGAGGUAGAGGCGUCCCACAGUUGUCACGUCUUCGCCGUCGACCCGAGAAUGGCAGAGCACGACAUCCAUAUAACAAGAGCGAGAGAGUUCCAAAUCGCUUGCACCAGGGACCCAGUUGCAGAAAGAUGUUUGGAGUUUCCACCGUCGGCGGAGUACGUAGUCGGCGUUGUCAGGGGGAUGUAUUCUUUGCCUCCAGACGAUUGUUCGAGUCCGACCAUACAGCAGAUAUCUAAACUGGCCGUUAAAAGCGAAAGCCCAGCGUUAGGCAACUUUUCGAGGUGUAACCGACCAGUGUUCCGCACGCCGAGAGAUCGUAGACCGUGCAGACACGAGGAAGCCAGAAUAGAACCACCGGAUUUUAUCGCGAAUUCUCCGCAACCCAGCAACCACAGUGAAGUGACAACCACAUCGAGCAACAGCGAUUCGGGCAUCGGUUUCCACAAUGAUUGUAGAAAUAUCGCUGAUAGGAUACUGGUUGUUGAUUUCGCUGGCCAGCAACCAGCGCCGGGAAGGUUCCGGCAAGAGAUGCCUCGAAGACCGAUGGGUUUGGUCGGAUGCAGUAGCUUCGAAGCUGACGGAUCAUUCCUAUCCAACACCACGCCUGUUGUAGACGGUUUUGGAGGUCAAGGUCGGCCUUUAAACCUUGACGAUGUAAUUCUAAACGCGAACGAACCCCGCCACGUGAGCGUGAGGAACGAGGAAGACAGCUACAACUAUAACAACAUUUACGGCAACGUUCCGUCCGGUUCGAGAAGUUUCAACGGCGCGGUGUACGAUCAGGUUUACACUGAAAACGAAGGGCACUAUGAAUUCAUACCGUCCCAAUUAGAAAUGGAUGAGAUAGACAGAGUAGCAGAGACUUUUAACUCUGUGGAGAUUUACGAAGAGAGACAGAGGAGAUUCGAUUACCAAUCCAACGAAUCAGUUGAAAAUGUGACAGUUAUAUCAGGUACAAGUAAAGCUAGUGUGGAUUCAGUGUCAGUAUACUCGUCCCGGAGUCACGAGGAGGCUCGACCGUCCAGGCGGAGGCAUCUGCAGGCUUCGCUGGAUGACAUGCUGGUGAUAGGGCUGAGAGAUCAAGCCCCUGAAAGUAGUAAAGAUGAUCAUAAAUUUGUGCAUCCUGCGAGUGUGAAAUGCAAGGUUCGCAAAUCUCGUCCACUGAACAUCCUGUCGAAAACCAAGUAUAUUCUCACCGGAAAAGCGGAGCGGGAGAAAAAGGCGAGUGAGGAGAAAGCGGAGAGAGCGGAGAAAGCGGAGAGACGAAGAGCCAUCAGCGCCAGCGCGGGGGACGUGACGCGCGCGGGGGAGGCGGAGGGGCUGCCCCUCGCCGCCAGCGAGCCCGAUCUCAGGGACUCACAGAGCGAACAGUCGUCACCGUUCCGCCGCUGGACCACGGGCAGCGGCGCGGGCUCCUCCUACCGCCACCACGACCACGGCAUCUACAGCAAGCAAAUGAGCGAGGGCGCUUCACCGCUGGCUGCGAGCACCAACGGCAGCUGCGGCGGCGUGGCGCGCUGGUCGUUGGGCCUGGAACAGCUGCUGGCCGACCCGGCGGGCGCCGCGGCCUUCGAGCACUUCCUGGAGCAGGAGUUCGCCGCCGAGAACAUCAGGUUCUGGUGGGCGUGCGAGCAGUACCGCACGUGCGCGGACGAGGCGGCGCGCGCGGCGCAGGCGGCCAGCAUCUGGCACACGCACCUGGCGGAGAAGGGCGCGCCCGAGCCCGUCAACGUGGACGCCGCGCCGCGCAGGGACGCCGCGCAGAGGCUGCACCAAGUGCCGCCGCCGCAGGACCUGUUCCUGCAGGCCCAGAAGCACAUCUUCAACGUGAUGAAGUUCGACAGCUACCCGCGCUUCCUGCGCUCCGAGGUGCACGCCAACUGCGCGCGCGCCGACCUGCGCGGCCUGCCGCCGCCCUACGCGCCGCGCUCGCCGCACGCCGACUCGCCCAAGUUAAAGAAGUCAGCGUCCAACGCGUCGGACCGUCGCCGAAGCGGCGCUUCACUGCUGCCGUGGAAGGCGCGCGCCGCCUCGCGCGACCGUGCCGCCUCCGCCGCCUCCACGCUCUCCGCCGCUGAAGACAACGAAGCGGCAAAAUCAACGAGCGGUCAAACGCAGUGUCUAUGGUCGGGCAACUCUGCCCUGUGUCGCGUCGUGCUGCCCGACGGCGCGACGUCCGUAGUGGGCGUGUCCCCCGACGUGUCGGUGCGGCGAUUGGUCGAGCGGCUUUUGUCGCGUCGCAACCUGCCGUGCGCCGCGUACGACGUGCUGUUGCUCGAGGCGAGCGGCGGCCGGACGCUGGACGCGUCGGUCGCGUCGACGGCGGUCGGCGGGCGCUGCCUGUCGGUGGAGCGGCGCUGCGUGCUGCGCGUGGCGGUGGAGGCGCGGCUGGUGGCGGUGCGCUGCCGGCCCGCGCGCCGCCUGCGCCACGUGCUGCGGCCGGUGCUGCAGCGGUACUGCCCGCGGCUGGCGGCGCGCCACAUCGCGCUGUUGGACUCCACGCCGCUGCACCCCGACACUCUCGUUCAGGAGUUAGACGGAGCACGUAUUCAAAUAGUAGAGGUGUCGAGCACGCAGGGCGUGCCCAGCGCAGCCGUCCUCGUCACUCCGGAGGCGAGGGAGCGGGACGACGACACCGACUCCCUCAGUGACGUCGCGUUACGGAUACAGGACGAGAACAACGAGGACGCACAGAGCGCCAGUCGCAGCAGCGUGUCGAGCGCGUCCAGCGUGUCGGGCGACGGCUCGCGCGUGCGCGCCGCCUUGCGCACCGGACACCCGCUGCACCACCACCCGCCAGAUUUCCUCGACAACCUCCGCGAGACUCAAAGACAGAGGCUGCAACCGCGCACCCCCCCGCCGCUGCCACCCAAACCCCCGCAGAGGUCCGCGCCCACCGUCGUCUGAACACGCCAUUAUAUGCCUUAUGGACAAGGCUUUAAGAAGCAAUUUCCCUCGCAACGGCCAAUGUCGCUUACGCCAGCCGGAAGACAGUGUAUGAGCGUUCAAACGUUUACAAAUAAUACAGAGUUUUCUUAUAAAUUGUAUAUCUUAUGGAUAUGGUAUUAAGACACAGAAUCGUUUGUGAAUAAAUCGUGAAUGUUCGCACAUUUCUACGUUCUUCUAUAAGUUAUGUGCCUUAUGUACAAGGCUUAAGACUGAGAUUUCGUUGCAACAACCGAUAUGGUUUACAUAAGCUGUUUAUAAGCGUUCAUUUGUUUACAAGUAAUACAGUUCUCUAAUAAAUUGUGUACCUUAUGGGUAUGGUGUUAAGGUACAUAAUCGCUUAUAUAAGCUGAAAGAUGUGUGAAUGUUCACACAUUUAUAACUAAAGAUUUUCCAAGCAUAGUAUGCCUUAUGGACAUGGCAUUAAGGCAUAGAAUUGCUUGCAAGAACAUAGGUGAAAAAUGUGUGAUCGUUCAUAGAUUUAUAAGUAGGUAACUUAGAGGUAUUCUAUAAAUUGUGUACCUUAUGGACAGGGUAAUAAGACACAAAAUCGCUCGCAAUGACAAACGUUACUUUACGACUCGCUGAUCUAUGAUCGUUCAUACAUUAAGGUAUUGCAUUGUUGUUCUAUGAAUUGUAUACCCUAUGUACAUGGUUUUAUGGCACAGAAUCGCUUGCAAGUCAUUACUCACUAAAAGCUACAUAAGCAAGCGAUGGUGGUUUCUGAAUAGAAAUGCUGAUGACGUCAUCAGCAUCUAUCUCACUGUAAUGUAAAAUCAAUUUAUAGACUCAUAAUAAUAUUUUAUAAUACCACUGCAUAACACUAACAGUAACACCUAUUUAUUUGUUAUAUAGUCAAGUCACAUAUUAGGUUGUGUUUUUAAUUACAUCUAAAAAAGAAAAAAAAACGCAUUUCUUAGUUUUUCUUUUCUUUAUAAUUAUGUACUUUUGAUCGAUAUUCGAUCUAGAUUAUUAUCUACUGUAUGAAUAUUUAGCAAUCUCGUUUAUGUAAGUGUUCCAUUAAAUUAAGUAUUAGAACAAUCUCCAGUGAUUUGUUUGUAUUAUUAAUAAAUUAAUUUUACCGUCCCAGUUAGUGGCUUGCACUUCAUACAUUCGUAAAUGCCUACAAUGUAGAGAUUAUACGUCGCCCGCAUAUCCCAUGAAAUGCGGGCGACGGGGGGAUAGACUGCGUGGGUGUGAGGUCGUGCGCACGGGGCAGAGGGAAGGACUGCGCGGGUAUGAAGUCGUGCGCGCGGACCAUCGGAAAUGUUACGAACGAAUUUGCCAAGCUAUAGAUACCAUUUUGUACAAUUUCUAAGUAUAAUGCGUACUCUGAUUGAAAAUCUUUUGCACGCCACUAGACUCCCAGUAAACUUGGAUUGUUUAAAGUUUGAUAAUUGAAAUUCCAUUAGUUAUUAGUUUUGCUUUAGCCAAAUUAUUGAGUGAAAUUAUUUACUGUCGAUUCUAAAUGGCGCUGAAAUGGGAUUUUUUGAGACACAGCUUGACUGGUUAAGUCAACGAUUUUAUACUAUUAGAUAUGCCAUUAAUGCGUCUAAACUGAGGCAAUCAAAGGUGGCUAAUUGUCUUAAUUUUAUGUAAUUGCCAUUGACCUCGCACAAUCAUGUAGGAAAUUCACUUAAAAACUGGUUUUGACAGUUUUAGAAUAUAUUGGUAAAGAAAAUUAUACCUAAAGGCCUUUAAAUAUAGUCCAAUAUUCAAUAAAAUCCCAAAUUCAGAGCAAAUUCAACCUUAAUGUUUGAGUUUAAGGUUGAAUUUGCAAAUGCGACUACAAUUCAUAAUUGUAAAAUAAACUCUCUCCAUAACUGUAUUAUAAAAUGUAUAAUGUACAAAUUAUAUCAAAAUAUAUAAUAAUAUACUUAAUUAUAGACAAAUUUUAUAACAGCCUCAAUCUAUGAGGCUUGUGUAUUAGUCAACAAAGUACAAUUUCAACAUAUAUAUAGUUUAAUCACAUUAGUUUGUUUGUCAAAUACAUAAGACUCAAUUUCUCAUGCUCUUAAAAAAAACUAUUUUAUAAUUUUUAGCUAGUAUUACUGUAAACAAGAAAAAACAUCACCCGACUACGGAAAACGGACUAAAAUGUAGGAAAUAGGUAAACUUGAAUCCUCCCAUCAUUGAAGUCGGUUAACACAUUCGCUGCGGCACGAGGUCAAUUGACCUCGUACGUCUAGCGCGUUCAAGCUGUACGAGGUCAAUUGACCUCGUAUGUCUAACGUGUUCAAGCGGUACGAGGUCGAUGGUCCCCUCGUAUUGCACUAGAGGAAAGUACAGAAAAAUCAGUGCCGCAGCGAAAGUGUUAAAAUUUCGGACUAUAAAAAUAAAUAUAUUAAUAAAUAUAUAGUCUGAUGAAUAGUUUAGGACUUAAGGUGCUGCGAAGGAACAUACAAACAUAUAUAUGUACAUAUACUGCUAAAAUAACAACCCUGCCUUGACUUCACCACAGUCGGGUAAAAAGUCUCUAUGGUGGUACUACUAUAUAGAAUAGUUUUUUUUUUAUUUUUUAUUAUUUUUUACAAGUUAGCCCUUGACUACAACCUCAUCUGAUGGUAAGUGAUGAUGCAAUAUAAGAUGGAAGCGGACUAAAUUGGUAGGAGUUGGAUUGAAAUCCACACAACCCUUUCGGUUUCUAAACGACAUCGUACCGGAACGCUAAAUCGCUUAGCGGUAUGUCUUUGCUGGUAGGGUGGUAACUAGCCACGUCCGAAGUCCACCAGCCAACAAAACAUACAUUUUAUCGAUAUUCUUUUCUAUAAAGGGUUGUAUUGAAAUGUGUAAAACCUUUAUAAAUUUAUAAUAUAUGAGAUUUGUAAAUAAAAUUUGUAAUAUAUGGACACAGAUCUUUUAUAAUUAUUAUUAUAUAGUAUCCAAAUUAAUUAUUGUACUAGAAUUUAUAAUAGUAAUACGAUUGUGUGCACUGAGUACUUCUUGAAGUCCGAUUUACAGUGAAAUUCAUAGACGUAGGGGUACCCUCAGGGGACCAUUCAGCCGCUGAGUGUCGUCGAAUUCUCAACCAAAAUAUAAAGAAUAAUUCGACACUCAGCGGCUGAAUGACCCCUGGGGGUACCUCUACAGCGUCUAUUAAUUUCACAGUAAGAGUACCAAAAUAAAUAAAUUAUUCUAAAAUUAUAAAUCGACGCCUUCUCAAAUCUACCCUCAUUUAGACUGAGUUAGUCCUUUCAAUAUUUAUAUGAAUCAAUAGUUUCUGUCGAACUUCUGAUAACAUAAGUAAUUUCAGUUUCUGUAUGUUUGUAUGUGGAUUUGUGUAGAUAUCAUACUAAGUAUGACGGCAACUAUUAAGUGGAGCGAAUGUAAAGUAUAAUUUAUUGUAAUGUAUAUCAGUGCGUCGGCAUUGGAGCUCAGAGUUAUAUGUUUAUAUGAAAUAAAUUUUUUAUAGCAGA